CAAAAAAAAAAAGUUUUAUGUUAGUGAGUUUUAAGCCGAGAAAAUGUUUUAAACAUGUCAAGAUUUGAAGUAGGAAAAUCUCCAUAUUUAAGUUUCGGAAUUUCUUCCUCCGCACUCGACGAAGUAUAUUCCAACGGAUCCGAAGCUAUGACCAAUGUGACAGGGAUUGAUAAUUUUUAUACCGCCUCCACCCCCCCUCAACCCCCGACAUUCCAGGACAGUUUAGUGAAAACAGUACUUCUUAUUCUUCUUUUUAUCAUAUCAUUUAUAGGGAAUACGGCGACGUUAAUCCAAAUGUAUCGUGUGCGCAAACGGCGCUCCACGAUCAACACUCUUAUUGUGAAUUUGGCAGUGGCGGAUCUUAUUGUCACUUUCUUUUGCAUGGCGGCAGAGGCCAUUUGGGCCCUCACUGUUCAGUGGGUAGCAGGAAUAGCCAUGUGUAAGAUGUUGCGAUUUAUACAAGGCACUGGACUUUUGCUUUCCACAUACAUUACCGUCGUUAUUAGUUUGGAUAGAUGCUGUGUCAUUAUUGACCCAAUCAGCCGAAACAAAGCGCCACAAAGAGUUAAAAUAAUGAUCAUCAUGUCGUGGUUCCUGAGUGCCUUGUUCAGCAUACCUCAGGCUUUGUUGUUUAGUGUACACAGAGGCCCCUUCGAGGAAGAUUUUUACCAGUGUGUGGACAUUCUCGGCUAUCCCAGCCCGGCGUAUAAGAAAUUAUACAACAUUUUCUGUAUGCUGAUCCAGUUCUUCUUGCCGCUGACUUUAAUGAUUAUAGCCUAUGGUCUUAUUUUCUUCACCAUUUCCAGAAAGUCCAAAGAAUUCGGAGAUAAAAGUAUACGCAGAUAUGUCUAUCCAAGUCCAGACCCUUCUCAAAUUAUUGCUGACCAAAUCCUUAUUUUAAGUAACGGAUGUCACGUUUUUCCAGACACAAUGUAA